AUGAGGAAUAUUUGGUGGAGUGGAAAGGAAUCGAGUUCUCAUAUCAAGCGGGUCGGGUGGUCGAAGCUUUGUACUCCAAAGGCUAUUAGUGGUUUGGGCUUUAUAGAUUUACAAGCAUUUAAUCUUGCAUUACUAUCCAAAUUGGCAUGGAGAAUGCAUAGUUCUGAUGGUUCUUUACUGUUUCAUUUUCUUAAAAGUAAGUAUUUCCCAUCCUGUUCAUUUCUUAAUUUUUAUUGCCGUAAGUCAGCUUCUUGGGUGUGGAAGGGAAUUUGUGCUGCGAAAGCUCUUGUGAGUAGAUCAUGGAAGUGGAGAGUGGUGGAUGGAAGUAAAAUUGAUUGUUGGACAGAUUCCUGGCUUCCUGAUCCGAAUAGUUUUUUUGUGACAUCCCCCAAGCCCGGAUCCUCUUCAAUUUCUACAGUUGCGGAUCUUAUUAACCAUGAUCUCAAGCAAUGGAAGUAUGAUUUAGUUGUCAGAAUUUUCAAUGAAAGAGAUGCAGCGCUUAUCCUUUAA